AUGAAACUUAAAGACCCAGUGAACAGAUACGAAACCAUAUCCAAGGUACCCGCCUAUGCUGUUUAUUUCACUAAUCUGACCGGCACUACUCUGGCGCAUCCACUUGAUGUGAUGCGUGUUAAUAUGCAGGCCAAUGCCCUAAGAUACAUGACCCUCCGAAAGAUCGCGAAAAUUAUGUUCUAUAAGGAGGGGAUUCGUGGUUUCUACCUUGGCUUCGGCGGUGCCUUUGCACGCUGCACUGUGCACACAUUUUCUCAAUAUAUAAUCUUUCACCAUCUGCAAAAGAAAUUCCAGUUUCUGGAGACCGCUGCCAUAGCUGGGAUAAGUGGAUUUUGUUCGGGACUCAUCUCAACCCCCUUUGCAAAAUUUGUCAUUAUUCGUCAGACAGAUUUAACGCGUAGUGUGUAUCAUCGACGCAAUUAUAACAAUUUUUGGAAAGGUGCUUUUUGUGUGUUCCACAAGGGAGGCUUCAGACCCCUUUUUGCCGGCUUCAAGCUCCACACCUUCACCAGCUGCGCCCUGGCAGUUGCAACUCCGCCCACUUAUAAUACGAUUCAUGAUGUGCUUAUUCAACUGCACACCGGAAAUGUUAUUCCUUGGAGGACUAGUCUGAUAUCCCUCCUAUUAACGGGCGGCCUUCUCUCAUUGAUUUUCACGCCAGUAGAUGCCGUUAAAACGAUAAUCAUGAACGCCGAUCAUGAAGAUUUCCCAACGAAGCGAGGUGUUUGUGCAUCAUUGAUUCGUAGGCAUGGAUAUAAAGGCUUCUUCCUGGGUCUGAAACCGGCAUUAGCAGCCAUAGUUCCACACUCGAUUAUUGCUACAAUAACAUAUACCGUAUUAAACAAUUACGCUGAUUACUAGCACAAUUUUUUUGCAACCCAUUAAAAA